ACUUCUAUGAUGAUUAUUUCAGAUUAUUAAAGCGGCCAGUAUGGCCUGCCUUAAUGUUUUGAAGCAGGAGAUAAAAGCUGUAGAAGCUGCAUUUCACAAAACUCAUGUUAGGUUACAGAUAGUGUCAGCUAGUGUUGAUGAGUUAACUUGUAAGUUUGUGGAUACCACUGGUCGGAAGCAUAUUAUUCAUGCAAAUAUCACGGAAACAUACCCUCAGUCGCCUCCAGUCUGGUUUUCUGAAUCGGAGGACGCUAAAGUAUCGGAGGCAGUUUCUAUUUUAGCCUCCACUUCCGGACUAGACAACCAUCUACUAUAUCAGGUUAAGAUGUUGGUUCGUGAGCUAUGUAAUCUAUUCUCAGCUCCCCUGCCCCCUGAGGUUGAUACCCUAAUGGUUAAUAUACAACCAAUGAAGGUAGUAGAGGCUGAGGAGGAGAGUGAGAGUGAGGUUGAGAUGGAGGAUGAGGACGAGGAUGAGAUCCCCCUAGAGAUGGAGGAUAUCGAGGCUAUUAGUAAGAAGGCCCGACAGGACGAGGAUUUGAACACAGAGCACUUACAGGUACUGGAACGACUAAAAGCAAACCAGAGGCGUGAUUACAUGAAGGGGACAGUAUCUGGGAGUGUCCAAGCUACGGACAGACUAAUGAAAGAACUACGAGAUAUUUACAAAUCUCCUAACUUCAAGUCUGGAGCAUAUCAGGUUGAGUUAGUGAAUGACAGCCUGUACGAAUGGAACGUGAAAAUCCAACGGGUUGACCCUGACUCCCCCCUUGCCAAUGACCUCCUUCUCCUUAGAGAAAGAGAGGGCAAGGAUCAUAUUCUUCUUUCUUUCAUGUUUAAGGACACGUUUCCAUUUGAUCCACCGUUUGUCCGAAUGGUUCAUCCGGUUCUGAGCGGCGGUUAUGUUCUGGACGGCGGAGCCCUAUGUAUGGAGCUGAUGACACCCCAGGGUUGGAGUUCAGCAUAUACCGUGGAAGCUGUGAUACUUCAGAUAUCCGCGACAUUGGUGAAAGGGAAAGCAAGGAUAAAGUUCGAUGCUCCCAAGGGAACCUAUAGUCUCGCAAGAGCCCAAUCCUCCUUCCGAUCUCUAGUUCAUAUUCAUGAGAAGAAUGGAUGGUUCACCCCGCCCCAAUCUGACGGUUAAUUGUCGUCUUCUGUUCCUACAGUGAAAGAAACCAAACCUAUUCUUCUUUACACACUUAUAUAGUAGCAUCGGGAUCUUUCUCAUCUCAUCCAUGAUCAUUCAUCAUCUUGCAAUUUUAUUCACGAUCAAUGAUCAUCUUGUAAUGUUUAUUUAUGAUAAUUUUUCAUCAUGUAAUGUUUAUUCAUGAUCAAUAAUCAUCUUGUAAUGUUUAUUCAUGAUCAAUGAUCAUCUUGUAAUGUUAUUUAUGUCAAUGAUCAUCUUGUAAUGUUUAUUUAUGAUAAUUUUUCAUCUUGUAAUGUUUAUUCAUGAUCAUUCGUCAUCUUAUAAUGCUUAUUUAUGAUCAAUUAUCAUCUUGUGAGUUUUAUCAUGAUCAUUGACCUGGUAUGUUUAAAAUUUGAUCAUUUAUGAUCUACUUAGUAUUAAUCUUUUGUCAUCAUUGGGCUACUAAAGAAGUGUGAGGCCUCUUUCAUGAUCAUUGAUUCGUUAAAUGUAACAAGGAUCAAUAAUCAAUCAUUAUAAAUAAUAAUUAUUCAUCUCUUGAACAGUAAAAGUAAUGUGUCACUUGUUGGGUUCGCAACCAGAACCAUACUUUAAUAUUCGGCUGUCAAAUUCUGGUUUCACAUAAAUGUAAACACCGACUUUCUGCCAUAGAAGCACAAUUAGAAGUAAAUAAAGAUUCAGGGGUAUUUGAGUUUUCAAAUAUAUCUCCCUAUAUACAGGAUCAUCAUUCACCGCUUGCAACCUCGGGUUCUUUAAUCAUUUACUUUUUAUUUAUCUUUUCAUCCUCGCAUUGACUUGAAAAUAUAUAAUCUUAUCUUACAAAAAAUUAUCUUACAUUCUUAAAUUGGAAUUGUAAGGAAACUUGUUUUUAGUCUGUGCUGUACAAUGUACAUAGACCUGUAUUAUUCAUUUAAAACUAUAAAAAUCGGAUUGCUGCUGCACAAAUUUUAUUCCAGUAAUUAAUAGUUUUAAGUCAUUUUAGAGAAGGGUACGAUUAAUUAGCUUUUUCUUUUUUAAUUCGCAAAUGUUAUAAUUUGUAUGCAGAAUUGCGGUUUGAAACCGAUUAUUGAAUCGCAGGUUGCUCGCCAAGAUAUAAACUGUGUUUAGAAGCAUGGAAAUACUUAGUGAAAAUUUUCAUUUAUGUUGGAAAUGGGUCAAUGGUAAUCGUAUUGCAGUGAUUUGUGUAGCUUUAAGUUAUUUACCGACUAAGGAGUUGUGAGCUAAAUUAAUUUUACUUGUUUUUAGAACCUCGUCGUUAUUCAGGCGAUUAACAAAGAAAUGCCCUAAAAUGUCCAAAAAUGCAUAUUAAAAAAGAUUAUUUCUCAACUGUCCAGUCGUGAUAAAGUUAUAGGUUUUGUUCUUCGCUCGAUGCUCUGCAACAAGCAAAUAGAUUAAAUGAAUAAAUAUAUGUCGUAUUUCCUUCGCUGUACAAUCUGUUCAUCUAAUUUUGAAUAAAAAAUUUAUUAGUGUA